AUGGCCAAUCCCUUCUACGGAGCGGCGCAGCGGGUCCUGGAGUCCGGGUCCAUCACCGGCUACCGUCCGCGCCUCGAGCUUGGGAGCGACUACCUUUCCGCUACCGACCACUUCAAACAGCCAUUAUGCGGCAACAAAGAGGGCUGGGGGCCUCUGAGCCCCUUCCGAUAUGACUUCACGCCCUGCUUCAUCGACGUCUGGGUCGCCGUCGUCGCCGCCUUCGGCAUCGUCUUUGGCACCAUGGCCACCGUCUGGCUGCUCAAGAAGACGAAGCCCGCCAACACCCUGAAGGACUGGUCCUUUUACACAAAACAAGCCCUUCUUGUCGUCAUCAUGCUAGACGUUGCCGUCCAGCUUGCCAUCCAGAUUGCCAGCUACCCCAAAAUAUGGUAUGGCGACUUCCGCGUGUACACCACCUUUGCGACUAUUCUCGCGCUCGGCGUCAUCUUCGCUAUCCAGUGGCUCGAGCAUGGCCGGCUUCGCAACCCCAACGGCGUCGCUCUUCUCUUCUGGCUCUUCCUCCUGAUUGCCUUUGCUGUCAAGCUCCGAUCCCUCAUCUCCCAACAGAUGUACCACAAGAACCUGCCGUACUUCAUCACAUACACCGUCGGCGUCGGUCUGUCCGUCGUCGAGUUCCUUGUCGAGUGGUUGUGGCCGAGGAAGACGACCGCCUACGAGGUCUUGAUCGAUGAAGAAGAGUGCCCUGUCGAAUACGCCACCGUCUUCUCCCAGUUGACCUUCUCCUGGAUGACGCCCCUCAUGCAAUUGGGCUACAAGCAGUACCUGACCGAAGAGGACCUCUGGGGGCUCGCCCACCAGGACACCACCAAGAGCACUGGCGAAGCCUUCGACGAGGCCUGGAAGCACCAGCUCAAGAACCGCAAGGGCCCCUCGCUGUGGCUUGUCCUGUUCCGCGCGUACGGUCUGCCCUACGCCGUCGCUGCUCUCUUCAAGCUUGGCAACGAUGUCUCCCAGUACAUUCAACCCCAGCUUCUCCGCCUGCUCAUAGCCUUCGUCAGCUCCUACGGCGUCGGCGAGCAACCCCAGCCCGUUAUCAAGGGUGCCGCCAUUGCCGUCGGCAUGUUUGGCUGCGCUACCUUCCAGACCGCCAUGGUCCAUCAAUACUUCCAGCUUGCCUUCGUCACCGGCAUGCGCAUCAAGGGCGGCCUGGCCUCUGCCAUUUACAAGAAGUCCAUGAAGCUCUCCAACGAGGGACGUGCUUCCAAGUCCACCGGCGACAUUGUCAACUUCAUGGCCGUUGACGCCCAGCGGCUCCAGGACCUGACGCAAUUUGCUCAGCAAGUUUGGUCCGCCCCGUUCCAGAUCGUCAUCUGCAUGGUGUCGCUGUACAACCUCGUCGGAUGGUCCAUGCUCGCCGGUGUCGGUGUUAUGGUCAUCAUGAUGCCCGCUCAUGGCUUCAUUGCCCGAAUCAUGCGAAACCUGCAAAAGGAGCAGAUGAAGAACAAGGACGCAAGAAGUCGCCUCAUCAAUGAGAUCAUCAACAACAUGAAGAGCAUCAAGUUGUAUGCCUGGGGUGCUGCCUUCAUGAACAAGCUCAACUUUGUCCGAAACGAUAUGGAGCUGAAGAACCUGCGCAAGAUUGGAGCCACACAGGCCUUUGCCAACUUUACCUGGAGCACAGCGCCCUUCUUCGUUUCGUGCUCGACCUUUACCGUCUUUGUCUUGACCCAAGACAAGCCCCUGACCACCGAAAUUGUUUUCCCUGCCCUCGCUCUCUUCAACCUCCUGACGUUCCCCCUUGCUGUUCUUCCUAUGGUGAUAACGUCCAUCGUGGAGGCAAGUGUCGCCGUCGGCCGUCUGACCUCCUUCCUGGGCGCCGAGGAGAUCCAGCCCGAUGCCAUUGUCGUCAAGCCUGCUCCUGAGGAAAUGGGUGAAGAAACCGUCGUCAUCCGUGGCGGCACAUUCUCCUGGAACCGCCACGAGUCUAAGAGUGUUCUUCGUGACCUUGACUUCACCGCCUACAAGGGAGAGCUCUCGUGCGUCGUUGGUCGCGUCGGAGCCGGCAAGUCUUCGUUCCUGCAAAGUAUCCUCGGUGAUUUGUGGAAGAUCAACGGCCAAGUCGAAGUGCACGGAAGCGUCGCCUACGUCGCGCAGUCCCCGUGGAUUCUGAACGCCACGGUCAAGGAGAACAUCAUCUUUGGGUACCGUUACGACUCUGCAUUCUAUGAAAAAACUGUAAAGGCUUGCGCCCUGGUGGACGACUUCGCUCAACUGCCCGAUGGAGACGAGACUGUCGUCGGCGAGCGUGGCAUCUCCCUGAGCGGUGGACAGAAGGCGCGUGUGGCACUGGCCCGCGCUGUCUAUGCCCGUGCUGACAUCUAUCUUCUUGAUGAUGUCCUCUCGGCCGUGGACUCUCACGUAGGCAAGCACAUCACCGAGAAUGUCCUUGGCCCCAGGGGCCUACUGAACACCAAGACUCGCAUCCUGGCCACCAACUCCAUCUCCGUCCUUCAAGGCGCCAGCUACAUCACCAUGAUCAGGGAUGGACAGGUUGUGGAGAAGGGCACAUACAAGCAACUUGUGGCUAUGAAGGGCAUGGUCUCAGAUCUCAUCAAGACAGCUGGCCAGGAAUCAUCUGGCCCCUCCUCGUCCAAGGCCAGCUCCAGCCGCUCUAGCACCGCAUCGACAACCGUCCUCGAACCUGUUGCCACGGGCCAGGAGAAGGACGAGAUGGAGGAGGCUCAAGAGCGCGUCCCCGAAAUGGAACCCAUCAAGACAGGCGCUUCCACUUCGGCCAAGAAGCGAUCCGACAGCAUGGCGACUCUGAGGCGUGCUAGCGCCGCUAGCUUCCGAGGUCCCCGCGGCAAACUCACCGACGAAGAGGUUGCUGGCAGCCGCACACGACAGGGCAAAGAGCACUCGGAACAGGGCAAGGUCAAGUGGGAUGUGUAUUUCGAGUAUGCGAAGAACAGCAACCUUGCGGCGGUCGCCGUCUACCUGAUUGCGCUGCUAGCUUCGCAGACGGCCAACAUUGGUGGUUCGGUCUGGCUCAAUAUCUGGGCAGAAUACAAUCAGAAGCACCACGGCAACCCCAAGGUCGGCAUGUUCAUCGGCAUUUACUUUGCCUUCGGCAUUGGUUCUUCCCUCCUGACCGUUCUGCAAACUCUCAUCCUGUGGAUUUUCUGCUCCAUCGAGGCCUCUCGGAAACUGCAUGAGAGAAUGGCCAAUGCCAUCUUCCGGUCACCCAUGUCAUUUUUUGACGUCACACCAACAGGUCGCAUCCUGAAUCGCUUCUCCAGGUUCGUGCCACCCCACACUGAGCCGCUUCAUUUUCUCGUGGUCGUACUUAAACACCAAUCUGCGUGGCGUUUCGAGCCGAGCUCGGUGCGCGCCCCUGAUGCACGUUGUGACAUCUAUCGAGUGGACGAGGUGCUCGCCCGGACUUUCAACAUGCUCUUCGUUAAUCUGGCUCGAUCCUGCUUCACGCUUGCGGUCAUCUCCGUGUCUACGCCGGCCUUUAUCGCAUUCAUCAUCCCACUCGCCCUGACCUACUAUUGGAUCCAGCGGUACUACCUGCGAACGUCUCGUGAGCUCAAGAGGUUGGACAGCGUUAGUCGCAGUCCCAUCUAUGCACACUUCCAGGAGUCCCUAGGCGGUGUCUCGACCAUUCGGGCGUACCGACAGCAGCAGCGCUUUGAGCUUGAAAAUGAGUGGCGAGUCGACUCGAACCUCAAGGCGUUCUACCCCUCCAUCAGCGCCAACCGUUGGCUGGCUGUUCGUCUUGAGUUUAUGGGUGCUCUCGUCAUCCUGGCCGCCGCCGGCCUUGCUAUCAUAUCCGUGACAAACCACAGCGGCCUCAAAGCCGGCUUGGUCGGUCUAUCCAUGUCAUACGCCCUGCAGAUUACGACGUCCCUCAACUGGAUCGUGCGCCAGACUGUCGAAGUCGAGACCAACAUUGUCUCGGUCGAGCGUGUCCUCGAGUACGCCCGUCUGCCAGCCGAAGCACCGGAGGUCAUCAAAGAGAGCCGACCCCCGGUCACGUGGCCAGCGAAUGGCAGUCUUGAGUUCAAGAACUAUAGUACUCGCUACCGCGAGGGCCUUGACCUCGUUCUCAAGAACAUAUCCCUAGAUAUCAAGUCUCACGAGAAAAUCGGUGUCGUCGGGCGGACCGGUGCAGGAAAGUCGUCACUGACGCUUGCGCUGUUCCGCAUCAUCGAGCCCACCACGGGCAACAUCAGCAUCGACGGUCUUAAUACGAGUUCUAUAGGGUUGCUGGACCUCCGCAGGAGACUGGCCAUCAUCCCCCAGGACGCGGCCCUGUUCGAGGGUACCGUUCGCGACAACUUGGACCCCGGUCAUGUACAUGAUGACACGGAGCUAUGGAGCGUACUUGAACACGCCCGGUUAAAGGACCACGUCAACGGCAUGGAGGGUGGCCUCGAGGCCAAGAUUAAUGAAGGAGGCUCCAACCUCUCCCAAGGCCAGCGGCAGCUCGUCUCCCUCGCGCGUGCGAUGCUGACCCCCUCCAACAUUCUGGUUCUCGACGAGGCGACGGCCGCCGUCGACGUCGAGACGGAUGCCAUGCUGCAGCAGACGCUGCGGUCUCCUCUCUUCGCAAACCGAACCAUCAUCACCGUGGCUCACCGCAUCAACACCAUCCUCGACAGCGACCGCGUUGUUGUGCUGGACAAGGGCGAGGUCGUCGAGUUUGACUCACCCAAGGCACUACUGAAGAAGCAGGGUGUAUUCUACGGGCUCGUCAAGCAGGCAGGUCUCGAGACGGAGACCUGA